AUGGGAAUGGAUGAUAUAGCACAAAUCAUACAACAAGGUAUAGUAGAACCUGAUCCUUAUUUGCAAUAUCAGCCUGCUUUCGCAUAUACUUUACCUAUUCAAUUAAUGGUCAAUGGAAUUACUGUAACUCUGUUAUGUGUUUUAUUGAUUCAUCUACUAUUUACAACGCAAUAUCAUUAUCCACUGGCACCAUUGAAUUAUAUCUUGCAAUUAUCAGCAAUCGUCACAGUCUUAAUAUCUGUUAUAAUCAAGAUAGUAGUUGUAUUACAACAUACAGCUGAUUCAGCAGAUGUUUGGCCAUAUUACCUCGAUUAUGUCGCCGUUACUAUACCUCCUCCAAGUUGGAAUACAGGUAAAUGCGCUGCUUGGUUUCUGUUGCAAGCUCUCAAUAAUGGUUUGAGUAAUAUCACCCAUAUCCAGUUCUUAACUAUGCUAUACCCUUCUCGAACGGAAGCUAGACUGAUCAUGUUCGUACUUGGUCCACUGGCAAUCGCUUCUUCCGCACUUGUCUUUUCAGCUUUAUCACCUCAUCAAACGGUAUUAGAUAUAUCAGAUGCUAUUCGAAACGUGUUUAAUUCAACUCUUCUUUUAAUCUUUACUAUAUCUUUGGUAAUUUGGGGAUUCUUCGUUAACAGGAGACGAGCAUGGAGAUUUGAUGGUGGAACGGCUGUAUUCGGUGUAGGAUCAUUAUUCCUAGCUGCCAUAUCAACGAGCUUCAAUUUCGUAGCUGUAGCGGAAGAUGGUAUCGAUUGGUUACAACAUUUACUUUUCGCGGCUGUGUUAUGGCAGAUUUGGCUGGGUUGGUGGUGGUGGGUCGGAAGUGGAAUGGGUAUAGGUGAAGUUGAAGAUAUAAUGGAACGUGCUGAACGCAAAAAACGUAAAGCUGCCAAAGCAGCUUCUAGAUCUCGAUUAGCUGCCAAACAAGGUUUAAAUGCCAAUAACAAUAACAACAAUCAUAAUGGAAAUCGUACAAGAGCAACAUCUUUAUCUGGUAUAGCGGAUAAUUUCACUUCUGGAGUAACCUCUAUCUUAAAAUCGUCCACAAGAGCAGCAAAUAAUGUCACUUUGACAAGGAGAAAUACUACAAACAGAGAUAAUGAUGAUCAUUUAGCUGAAGAAGGAGCCAUUGAAUUAUCCGACAUGCAUCGUCGAGCUUCACCAGUCCACGGAAUACAAGAUAAUCAGCAACAACAACAGCAUGUUGAAUUUGAUCAGAAUAUAGCUGGGACCGGAGAAGAAUCAGUCUCGAGAGGAAGAGGUGGUGGUAAUGGUGCAUCCGCUACAUCUGAAACUUCUUCUACAUCAGCAACACCAUCUCUGCACCGACCUAAAACAUUGGGUCAAUUAUUGUCUUUUCCAACUACUUUACUCGUUGUUUAUCUCAGAAAUCUAAGGAAAGCUCAUGAAGAAGCUGCGAAACAACAAGCUUUACAAAGAGCCGAACGAAGACAAAAAGUGUUUCACGAAUCUCCAUCAAAUGUGAAUGAUUCACAUUUCCACGAUCAUAGGAAUAACCAUAAUGAUAAUCAUCGCCACAAUAAUAAUAGUACGAACAACGCAAGCAGAUUCGAAAGAGGUAAAACAAUGGAUCCAAGUGGGAAUGAAGAUAUAGGUUGGGGUUUAGGUAAAUUUGGGAUAAGAGAACAUCAAGAAUCUGCUAAAAGAUUAAAACAAGCUGGAGAAAGGUUAAAUCAGAACAGAUUAUUACCGAUCUCGCAACAAGAUUCGACACAAGAUCAGGAGGAUCAACCGAUUGCAAGUGGCUCUGGAUCUGGCAUGGCAUCCGGAAGUAGAUCACCCAAUAGACCGAUGGCAGAUACUACAACACCAGAGGGAAACCCCGAAAACGAAGUACCACCAAUACAACCACAGUCACAACCACAACCACUGCCACAACAAGGUGAAGAUGGUGAAUGGGAAGAUAUAGAUUCUUCCAAUUCUUCUUCGGAUGUGAAUAGACGUAAUGCAAGAAGAGGUAGAAUAAGGAGUAAUAAUAAUAAUAAUCAAAAUGACACUUCCAUAAAUCGACAAACUCCAGGUUCUGGUUCUGGUUGGAGUUGGUGGGGUCCAUUGAAAGAUUGGAGAUUAAAUGAUAGAUCGCAGUUUUAG